GUGAAGAUUUUUAUUGAAGUUUAUUUUUAAGGUGGUUAGUGAUUCUAGAUUAGCUUCUAUAAUUUUGGACCAGGAAUGAAUAUUCUCUUCAUGGACUGAAUUUAGUGAGGACAUCUAUAUCUAUAUAGAAAGGAGGUUCUUGGCUGGAUUACGUGGCAUCCUUGAGAGUGCUUCUAAUCAAAUUCUCUUAUGGCCUGUUUGGAAACCUGGAUUUCAUUUGAAAUCCAGGAUUUGAUCAAAUAACUUGUUUGGGAAUUUAGAGUUGGAUUUCAUUUCAAAUCCAGACAUUCAAAUGUUAGUAUAAAUCUGAGGAUUUGAAAUGACAACUCAAAUCCUGUCAUUUGAAAUCCAUCAUUUGAAAUGAAAUGCAUGUUUCCAAACGGCCCCUUAAUUUUCUUGUUUUGUCAUUUUAUCCCAUAAUCCCCGGAAUCUGAGCAAAUAGAAGCAGCCGUUUCUAGCAAAAUACCAAUAGAUCAUUAUCAUUUAUUAAAAUCAGUUAUAAUCUCUACACCUUCUGAAACGUAUCUCUCUGUCACAUAUGCACACAAUGUUUUAAAUUAAAUCCUAAUAUCGAUGUUCAUGAAAUUAUGAUAAAAACCCAACAACCCAGAAAUGCUUCUACUGAGAAACGCAGCAGCCUUCUACAUUUCUACAUGUUUGCGAAAAUGUCACGGUGAAUUAAGAUAACGCAGAUGUGGGCUUUACUGAGAGACUCAGGUUUCAAGAAUCAAGAAGUUGCAAAUAUGGAUUUUCAUGUUCAUACUUGUGGAAACAGGAAGCUAAUUCUGGUUUGUACUCUGGGUAAGCAAGAAGAGGUAAAAAAAAUGAUUCAAGAAGAAGUCACUGUCCAUGGAUUUCUCAGUUAUAAAGAUUGAUGACUUAAACAGCUAUUGGUUUGAGCAAGUAGCAGAAGAUACUGAUGGGUGCAGAAGGUGAAGUGAAGUAUGCGGUGGAUUUGAGCUGGAAUAUGCGGUCUUGCUAUAUUGCCCUUGCUCUUCACAGAAAAGGUAUAAGAUGCACAGUUUUGGAAAGAUCGGAGAGUUUGAGAUCUUCUGGGGUAGCCCUCACCAUUAUGCCAGAUGGAUGGCACGCAUUACAUCAGCUUACUGUUGCUUCCGGCUCUUCCUCGGUUGAAGAGUAUAUCAUUAAACCAGGCCUUUUGAAAUGGCUAAAUUCAUUGCAAGAACUGUAACCUCUGCUGUUCUACUUGUAAUUUUCUUCAAUACUGAAGUGAGUGGUCGAUUUCGCAUUUUAAGGCCGCGGAUCAGGUGGUCUCAGAUGGUCAGGUUGCUAAUAAUGCUGCUGAGGAAGUAAUCGAUCCCUCUGUUUUGCGGCCAAAGAGAAUGGAUGAUUCAGCUGAGGUGCAAUGUGAGCAUAUGUAUGGUUAUUUGCCAUGCGCAGACGUCUAUUAAGCCAUCUUUCUCUCAUUGCGGUCUAUGAGUUCAUACUGUUUCAUGGCGGAAGUUAUCUUUUGUUCUCAGACUGUCCCUGUCUCCGGAGAUCCUGGCCAACGUUCCAGUGGAUUCUUAGGAUUAUCAAGCUUAUCUCAAGAGUCGUCUCGAUUUCGCUUGUGUUGCUGUUGCUUUGACUUGUUUUUUUGAUCUUGCAUCCGAUUAUGUUGUGAUUGAUGAUCUAUUUAUUACAAAUAUACAACUACUAAACCUUGCAUUAGGGUUUUUUAUGUUGAUAGUUUUUGGGCCUUUUUCUUUGUUAGAGGCAUCUUCGUUUCGUUUCACCUACUAAUUUUGAGUAGACCUGGCAAUUCGUGCAGAUCGUGUACUUUCGUGUCGUGUACUCAAAAGCCAAACACAAAACCGACCUGUUUAGUGUUCGUGUAUUUUUGUGUCGUGUACUUCCGUUUUCGUGUCGUUCUCGUGUCGUGUUUCGUGUAAAAUCGAAUUUAAAUAUAAAUAUAAAUAAAUAUAUAAAUUAAUGUAAAUAUUAGAUUUUUAGACAAAAAAUUUACAAAAUAGUAUGAAAUAUAUAUAUUUAAAUCAUUUACACUUACAAUAUUAUAAACUAUGUAUUAUUUUAAAAGAAAAUAUACAUAUAUUUAUUAUAAAUAUACAUAUUUAUAAUUAAAUAUUAAUAUUUAACUAUUAAAUUAUAUUUAUUUCGUGUACCUCGUGUC